CUGUCGGAGCAAGUGAGUCAGGCUGGCAGAGGGGAGGCCGGGGGUGGCAGCCCCGCUGUUGCCGGCUCAGGCCCCUGCUUCCCUCACCUCCAGAGCCACUGCCGGCUGAGAGGGGACGGAGCUCUCGGCCAAUUGGGCGCUGAUCUGAAGCGAGGGGGGGAAAUCUGCUUCUCCCCCCAACCCCCCUCCCUCCCACCUCCGCGCUGGGGCUGUGAUUCAGUUCCCCUCCCCCAGCCCACCCCCUCUGCUCGGAGGCUGACAGCCGGAGCCGCAGCCUGCCGGAGCCCCGGAGCUGUUUUCCAAGCCGUGGAAGAGAGACCCAGGGAUUUUAUCGCAGUUCCUCAGUGCCUGCCGUGUCCCGGGCCAGACGCGCACGGACAUGGAGAGCGUCAGCCUCCAGCGACCCGCCUGGAAAUGGCAAGUACUGAGUUUGUUUUUGCUCUGCGGCUGGGGCCGGGUCUCCGGGCAGAUCCACUACGCGGUGGUUGAGGAGUCAGAGGUGGGAACUGUGGUGGGGAACAUGGCCCGGGACCUGGGCUUGAAGGUGGAGGAGCUGCCGGGUCGCAGGCUGCGCCUGGGCUCCGAGGAGAGCUCGCGCCACUUCGCCGUGCGCCUGGACAGCGGCACGCUGGUGCUGAGCCAGCGGCUGGACCGGGAGCGUCUGUGCGGAGCAGCUGCCAGCUGCGUGCUGUCGGUGCAGGUGCUGACGGAGAACCCCCUGCAGCUCUUCCGCCUGGAAGUGGAGAUCCUGGAUGUGAACGACAACUCCCCGAGCUUCCCCACCGCCCAGCGCACCCUGCGCAUCGCCGAGUCUGCCACGGUGGCCGCGCGCUUCCCCCUGGAGAGUGCUCAGGACCCCGAUGUGGGCACUAAUGCUGUGAGCUCCUACAGGCUGAGCCCGAACUCCCACUUCUCCCUGGACGUCAAGCAGCAGCCGGAUGGCAAACUCUUCCCGGAGCUGGUGCUGGAGCGUGCCCUGGACCGGGAGGAGCAGCCAGAACUGCAGCUGGUGCUGACGGCCGUGGACGGGGGAAGCCCAGCCCGCUCGGGCACAGCACAGAUAACAGUCCUGGUCCUGGAUGUCAAUGACAACGCUCCCACCUGUGACCGCACCACGUACAGGGUGCGAGUCCCGGAAAACACACCUGUGGGGGCCCUGCUCCUCCGGAUCAACGCGUCUGACCCCGACGAGGGUCCCAAUGGGGAGACACAGUACUCCUUCGGGGUUCACACCUCCGACUCGGUGCGGAGGCUCUUCUCCCUGGAUCCCCACAGUGGUGAGGUCCGGGUGAGUGGGGCCCUGGACUUUGAGGAAUCACCUUUCUAUGAGAUCUAUGUGCGAGCCCAUGACGGAGGGGUCCCAGAGAUGGAGGGCAAUUGUGUUCUGCAGGUGCAAGUGGAGGAUGCCAAUGACAACCCCCCAGAGGUGCUGCUCACCUCCCUGCUGAAUCCGGUGCCAGAAGACACCCCACCAGAGACUGUCGUGGGGCUCUUCAAUGUCCGGGACCGAGACUCAGGGGCCAAUGGGGAUGUGAGCUUGCAGAUCUCCCCUGAUGUGCCUUUUGCCAUCAGGUCCCUUCAGAACCACUUCUCCCUGGUCACCCGGGAGAGCCUGGACCGAGAGUCCACCUCACAGUACCGAGUGGUGCUGAUCGCCCGGGAUGGUGGGUCUCCUGCCCUCACCACAACACUCACACUGCUCCUCAAUAUAUCUGAUGUGAAUGACAACCCCCCACGCUUCUUGCAGCCCUCCUACGAUGCCUUUCUCGAGGAGAACAACCCGCCUGGCUCCCUGCUGUGCACUGUCUCUGCCUCAGACCCUGACGACGGGGAUAAUUCCCGGCUUGUUUACUCCAUAGUGAGUGGCCAAAUGCAGGGUUCCCCCAUCUCUUCCUUCGUCCACAUCAACUCUGACAAUGGCAACCUCUACGCUCAGAGCACCUUUGACUUUGAGCAGCUGCAGGUUCUGCCGGUCUCUGUGGCCGUGCGGGACUCGGGGUCCCCCCCACUCCAUGCCAAUGUUACUGUCUACAUCUAUGUGCUGGACCAGAAUGACCACCCCCCCACCAUCCUGCACCCUGCCAGUGACAGCGAUGUCUCGGCACCCCAGAGGGUCCCGCUGUCUGCCCCACCGGGCUCCCUGGUCACCAAGGUGACAGCGGUGGAUGCGGAUGCCGGGUACAAUGCCUGGCUCUCGUACCGGCUGUUGCCACAGUCCACCGACCCCUCCUUGUUCCACAUGUCUCUGCACACCGGGGAGGUGCGGACGGCACGUGCCUUCCAGGACACUGACAUGGCAGUGCAGCAGCUCGUUGUCCAGGUGACGGACAACGGCGACCCACCGCUCUCCACCACUGCCACCAUCACCGUGGCCCUGGAGGAGGCAGCCCCGGAGGAGAGCUACAAGCCUCGGGACUUCCUGGCUGGUGCCAAGGAGAAGCCGGACCUGACCCUCUACCUGAUCAUCGCGCUGGCAGCCGUUAGCACGGUGGCAUUGGCCACUGUCACCGUCCUGGCCGCCAGGUGCCUCCGGCGCAGGGGCCGCGCCGCCGUCUCACCCUACUGCUGCUGCUGGCUCAGCGAGUCGCCCUCCCGGGACUUCUUCAAGCACUCCAGCCCCAAGCUCCAGCUCAACUCCGACGGCACCCUCAAGUACAUGGAGGUCACGCUGCGACCCACCGACACCCAGUCCCAGUGCUACAGCACCUGCUUCUCCCAGGGCUCCGACUCCUCCGCUCAGAUCCGGUACAGCAUCCCGGAGGAGCUCACCCGGGGUGCCUUUGUGGGCAAUAUCGCGAAGGACCUGGGCACCGAUGUGGCGAAGCUGGCGGCAGCUAAUCUGCAGGUACUGUCAGAUUCGGAUUCCCAGUACUUCUCUGUCAACGUGAACACCGGUGUUAUAAUGGUCAGCGAGCGGAUAGACCGGGAGCAGCUCUGCGGGCAGAACCCACGCUGCUUCCUCCACUUGAAACUUGCCAUCGAGAACCCAGUGGAGUUUUACCGCAUUGAGGUGGAGAUCCUGGAUAUCAAUGACAACCCCCCGGAGUUCCCCAGUGAGGAGGUUUCCCUGCGCAUCUACGAGCUGGCGUCUCUGGGUGCCCGCUUCCCCAUCCAGCCUGCCCAGGACCCUGACGUGGGCACCAACACCUUGCAGACCUAUCACCUGAGUGCCAAUGACAACUUCAACCUCAACGUGAAGGCGCGCACUGACGGUGGGAAGUUCCCUGAGCUGGUGUUGGAGCGGGCCCUGGAUCGGGAAUUCAGAGCUUUCCAUCACUUGGUCCUGACUGCUGAAGACGGGGGCUCUCCCCCACAGUCCAGCAAGAUACGCAUCACUAUUCAGGUCCUGGAUGCCAACGACAACCACCCUGUCUUUGACAGACCAUCCUAUGGAGCCCGCUUGGUGGAGAACUCGCCGCUGGGCACCCUCGUGGUGAAGUUAAAUGCCACCGAUGUGGACGAAGGACCCAACGGAGACAUCCGCUACUCCCUCAGCAGCCACAACUCGGCUGCCUUACGCCAGAUCUUCGCCAUCGACGAGCAAACUGGGGAGAUUCGUGUCCAGGGCAACCUGGACUUCGAGGAGGCGACGGUGUACGAGAUCGAAGUGGAGGCCAAGGACAUGGGGUCGCCCACCAUGGAGGAGCACUGCAGCGUGGUGGUGGAAGUCACUGAUGUGAAUGACAACGCACCCGAGGUCAUUCUUACCUCCUUCUCCAGCUCCCUGAGUGAGGACGCCCUGCCGGGCACAGUGGUGGCUGUGAUACACGUCAGAGACAGGGACUCUGGGGAGCAGGGCAAGGUCCUGUGCCACGUGUCUCCGGAUCUUCCCUUCCAGCUGCGCAAGGACUACGAGCACCAGUACUCGCUGCUAACCAGCACCCGUUUGGACCGGGAACAUGUUGCCUACUACAAUGUCACCGUCUCUGCCUCGGACCUGGGCAAUCCCCCACUCUCCCGCCACACCAUCUUGCCAAUCACCCUGACAGAUGUCAACGACAACGCUCCCCAGUUUGAGCAAGCAUCCUAUGAAGUGCUGGUGGCAGAAAACAACCCAGAGGGCAUCGUGCUGGUUACGGUCUCUGCUGCUGACCCUGACUCCGAGCAGAAUUCCCGCCUCUCCUACUCCAUCCUGCGAGCUGGUGGGACAGAUCCAGGCCUGGAUCCUACUCGCUACCUCUCCAUACAUCCCACGAGUGGGCAGGUCACUGCCAAGCUCCCUUUUGACUAUGAGCAAACCACCUAUCUCCAGUUCCACGUGGAGGUCUCUGAUGGUGGCUCCCCGGCCCUGAGGAACAGGACGCUGGUUCAUGUUUUUAUAGUGGACCAGAACGACAAUGCCCCACAGGUGCAUUUCCCCAGGGCUGGGGAGGACUCCGCUGCUCAGUUCCGAAUUUCCCCCUCCAUCGCCCCUCCUGCUCUCAUCACCAAGGUGGUGGCAAUAGAUGCGGACUCGGGGCGCAAUGCCUGGCUAUCCUACCACCUCGUGGAAGCCACAGACCUGGGGCUUUUCAGCGUGGCCCUGCGUUCCGGGGAGGUCCGGCUCACGCGGGCUCUGCAGGACACGGACGCCUCUGCGCACGAACUGCUGGUGGUGGUCCGGGACGCCGGGGAGCCCCCACUCUCCACAGCCGUCACACUGGUGGUGCUAGUGGAGGAGAAGGGUCCAGAGGCCCUGCAGGGCUCCGAGGGUCGGGCUGCUGACGGUGGGGGAUUGCCCACUAUCACGCUUUACCUGAUUGUAUCCCUAGUGCUCAUCUCCACCGUCUCGCUGGUGGGACUGGCAGUGCUGGGCGUACGGUGCCUCCGGCGGGGCUCUGCACCUGCCAACCAGGGCUGCUGCGUGGAGAGCGUGAACACGCUUCAGCCCCCUCCCAGCCACAUUUUUGGGCACUUGCACUAUGAGCCUAAGCAAGGGGACACCGUGAUGGGCGUGCAGGUGACAGCAACAGCUCCCCCCGCCCCGCGUUACCGCUCCUGCUUCUCGCCGGUCUCGGAUAUCAGCGAGUUCAUGUUUGUGAAACCCUCCGCGGAUCCUCCUCCCCUGUACAGCGAGCAAGCUCAGCCCAACACAGACUGGCGCUUCUCUCAGACCCAGAGACCUGGAACAAGUGGCUCCCAGAAUGGAGAGGAAGCUGGAGCCUGGCCCAACAACCAGUUUGACACGGAGGUGCUCCAAGCCAUGAUCCUGGCUUCAGCAAACGAAGCUGCCGAUGGCAACUCGACCCUGGGCGGCGGGAAUGGCACGAUGGGGCUGAGCGCCCGCUACGGCCCCCAGUUCACCCUGCAGCACGUCCCCGACUACCGGCAGAACGUUUACAUCCCGGGCAGCAACGCCACCCUCACCAACGCCGGCAAGCGCGACGCCAAGAACGCCGCCCCCGCCGCGGGCAACAAGAAGAAAUCCGGGAAGAAGGAGAAGAAGUAGAGAAGAAGAAGAAGGAGACCUUAGAGCUACAGGGCAGCCGGCUCCAGCACUCCCCCCCCAAAAAAAAAAAAAACCCCACAGCCCAGGCCGGAGGACGAAUGUGAAUUUUUUUAUUAUUAUUAUUUUAUUUUUUUUUUUUGUGAUGCAAAAGUAGGAAACGCUGCGAAUGUAUCUCGUCAUCAUCAGGUCUGGGAGCAGGGACUCGCUGCUCUUAGACCUCGUGAUGGGAACCAAUCUGGAAGCUCAACCCAACACAAACAAGUGCCCUGUGAAUAAUGUUUUAUACGAUCCCUCGGGUAUUGGAACAUGCAAGGGCGGAAGGUCUUUUGCCACGUCUUUGGAUCCGAUUUGCUCCCAGGUAGUCCGAGCCUUUGUGCUCGGCUUUGCCCAAUGUAAAUAAUUUUAACGUGGAUCUUUUAAUUUACGUAGCCCUUCAAUCAUUUUUUUGUUUGGAAUGGAAAAGGAAGUUCUUAGCUUAGAGCCCGCGCUCCAGUUCUUCGCUCUUAAAUUUUCCAUUCAUAAAAUUCACCCCCCCUCCCCCCCCCCCCCGCCCCAGAUAAUGAUAGUGAUGGAUUUUGGAAUUUGGAAGUUGGUAGGGAGUGCUUCAGUUCCUGCUUACCUGCCACCCAGAAAAAAAAAAAAACAACAAGUGUUUAUAUUGCAUGAAUCAAAGGGAAUAUGGCAAAGCUGCAUCCUAAACAUUUUUUUUUGUUUGUUUGGGGUUUUUUUUUAAAGUGUAACCACUAAUGGCCUGAAAUACGAGAAAGUAAAAAGCCCUCCCGAUGUCUGAGAGGCAGGGAAUUGGAUAAGGAGCGUUGCCGAGGUGUGCGGCAGCUGCCCCGGCGGUUCUAGGGGUCUCCGAAGAGCAGACACAUCUCAAACCUUCUUUGCAGUAAAUAUUUAUAUGUACAGUCGAUGUUCUUAUGGAGUUAAGGCUAAGAGAGCCUCGCUCCCCCGCGGCCAGGCGGGUGCCCGGCCGGGUCCCCCGCCCGAGGGGACACCGGGGGGCGACGGUUCCCGUCUCUGCACAGUGUCUGCAUGCACGUCCCUCACCUCCCACCUGCACUAGCGCAGUAGCUCCACACGGACCCGCAGAAGUCCUCGCAUGCCCACGCAGCGUGGUGUGAACGCGCCGGCAGCCGCCCGAGCCCCGCGCCGGGGCUGCCU